AGUUUGGCACACUGUGAUGGGCUUCUUGAACAGAUCAGCAGUAUAGGAUAUUUGACUUGAAUGACUCGACAGCGCGAUGAAAAGUUGUCGACAGUCAGGCAAAUGAAGUGCGAAACUUCUCACCUCUUGAAGAAAUGCUUUUUUGAAACGCACUAUUUGACAGCUGUAAGCGCGCGUCCUCGCAGUGAAUUUUUUUCGUUUUGUUUGUCAUUUUUACUAUCCACGAAAACCUGUAGUGAGAACUCCGUCCAGCACGACUUUAAUUUUACAUAAAACGAAAGCUUUCUUUCUUUUGGAUAAAAGUGUCAUGUACUCUAGACUGCUGACAUGCAGCAGGAGAGGUUACUCAAAGUACUUGUCAUUGGAGAUUUAGGUGUGGGGAAGACUUCCAUCAUAAAGCGUUAUGUGAAUCAGGUUUUUUCUCAACAUUACCGCGCGACUAUCGGUGUUGAUUUUGCUCUGAAAGUCCUGAAUUGGGAUCACCAGACAGUCAUUCGACUGCAGUUGUGGGACAUCGCAGGACAAGAGAGGUAUGGCAACAUGACACGUGUGUACUACCGAGAGGCCGUUGGGGCGCUGGUGGUUUUUGACAUGACUCGUGCUACCACCUUCCAAGCUGUGUUGAAAUGGAAAAAAGAUCUUGAUUCUAAAGUUGCCCUUGGCAAUGGGCGUCCCCUACCAGCUGUCUUGCUGGCCAACAAGUGUGACCAACAGAGACAUGGUUUGUGUUCCAAACUGCCCAAACUCGACAAUUUCUCCAGGGACCAUGGUUUUGUGGGGUGGUAUGAGACGUCUGCAAAGGACAACACAAACAUUGAUGCAGCCAUCAUGUGUCUUGUAGAAAAUGUAAUGGCCAUUGACACGGAGGCUGUUCCUGUGGAAUCAGACCCUAGUGUACUGAUCCUCCCUGCUUUUGAUUAUAACCUAAAAGAGCGCAGUGACUCUAGAUGUUCUGUCUGUACAACAUUCCAGUCCAGCAGAAAACCCCACAGUGAAUUAUAGGAGGUUUUUCUUCAGCACCAACCAUCCAUGCUCCGGUGCCCAUAAUUUAUGGAUCCCCACAGAUCUCUUACUAAAUAGGCUUCACUUUUUGACAUGAUUUGAGCAGGUGUUUUGGACUGUGUAAAUCUAUCUGUAUAAUUGCAUGUAUCUUGUAGCUAUAAUUUAACAUCUCACAAUACAGUAAUCAUAUAUGUAAAUUUUUUAUUUCUCUCUGCUUGUUGGACUGCUUAAGUGGUCUUUGCCAUGUAAGAGUAUGCCACAUGGAGCGUGUCUAACAGUGACCUUUACUAAGCCUACUUUUUAUUCAGCAGACAUGAUGAUGAAUAAUUUUAUGGCAAUUUAUAUGAGACGGUUAAAUGUUUCAGCAAAAAAAGAAAUGUCCUUUUGUGUCACUGAACAUAUGUGUAUGCAAUGGCUUGAAUAAUGAAAAGCUUUA